AUGGAGGCCCAGAAGCCUGCCGCAAAGUAUGCCCUCUCGUCCUUCUUCUCCUCACGCCCCUCUCUCAGCCAAAACUCGACCUCUGCCGAUGACAGGAAGCGCAAAAUCACCGACAAGAACCUUCCCAACGGGCUCUUGCAGUCGCCCGAGUUCGCGCAGGAGUCGGCGAUGUACAGGGACCUGCUCCAGAUGGAGCGCAAGCUCGACUGGACGAUGACGAGGAAGCGAGUCGAGGUGCACGACGCGCUGCAGAGGAUCAUUCCGGCGACGCGGACGCUCCGGAUAUUCUUGAGCCACACUGUCUCGGGACAGCCAUGGCAACGCGAAGGCGUGGAGGGCGAUGCUACUAAGCCGAACCCCGAAACGGGGGAGAACAUCCCUGCAUGGCAGUUGAGGAUAGAUGGACGGAUGCUCGAGCUGUCGAACCAGCGGGCAAAAGAUCGGAACCCCCCACGGAAGUUCUCCACCCUCAUCAAGCACAUGAUUGUGGAACUUGACCGCGACACCACCUUGUAUCCCGAAGGCAACAUUGUUGAGUGGAUAGGUGGUCCGAACCAACCACAACUAGAUGGCUUCACCAUUCGGCGGAAAGGCGAUGCACCGGUCAAAAUCCGGAUUGUUCUCCAUCUGGAGCAACAACCAGAGCAGUACAAGGUCCAACCCGAGCUUGCCAACAUCAUCGGCGUCAAGGAAGAGUCGCGGAUAGGGGUCGUCCAGGCGCUCUGGAACUACAUCAAACAGAACAACCUCCAGGACAAGCAAGACCGCCGAAAGAUCCACGCUGAUGCUCGUCUCCGUCCAAUAUUCAAUACUCACAAUAAUCAAGAAUACGAGUACUUCUCCGCACUGCCCGAAAUCGUAAAUCGGUACCUCGCGCCGCCCGAACCUAUCAUACUACACUAUACGCUGAACCCUACGGUCGCGCCGCCAGAGAAGGCGGCGGCGUGGGACGUCGAGGUCAAGGUCGACGACUCGAACCUCAAGGGCCGAAUGCAGCACGUCGUGGUGAGCAUGGCGCAGGAUUCGGCCAAGGAGCUCACGAAACUCGACGAAGAGUCGCUGUCGAACUCACACCAGAAGCGGACGUUCCUGCGGGCGUUCGAGGAGGACCCGCGCGGGUUCAUCCAGACGUGGCUCGCGUCGCAGUCGCGGGACCUGGAGAGCGUGCUCGGGAGCGGGCCAAGCGAGGGCGCGACGGUUCGGCAGGAGGACCUGAAGCGGUCGGAGUUCUUCCGGCUGCCGUGGGUGGAGGAGGCGGUCGCGAUACAGGAGGGUAUGCGGCUGGCGGCGAAGGCGGGGAUAUGA